AUGCGCCGGUUCCAGUCCUUUCUCCAGAACGCAGGGACGGCCUUCCAAGCGGGUGCUUCCAAAGGAGGAUGUGCUGCGGUCCUGCCCGUUCCCCGUGAGCAGCAGCAGCAGCAGCAGCAGCCUCGCCGAGACACCCGGACCCCACGCCGAACGCAAGGGAGAGCCACGGAGACGACAAGGGGCCCGGCGGCUAAAUGCUCUCAGGAUGCUGCAGUACAUCCGUCCUUCAAGAGAGGGACCGGUUUUGUCCUCGGUGUCACGGAGCCCCCAGAUUCUGAGAGGGCCGUUCCUCUUCUCAAGUUUUUCCAAAAGGCGGCAGGGAACGUGCGAGAGAACGUCGGCGAGGACGUGGACACGGAGCAGCUCAUCCAGGAGACCUGUCGCAGCUGCCUGGAGCAGGCCAAGCUUCUGUUCUGUGAUGGAAAGAGGCCUGUUGCAAGAGUCCCCCAUGAAGUGCCGGCAGUGAAGCGGGCAAGGCCCUUGGAGGACGAAGUAAGCCAACAGGGAAGCCCCAUCCCCAGAAAGAGAAAGGGGAGGCCUCCAGGACAGAGCCAGCCUGGGGAUCGGGGUGCCUUAGGCGUCAGCACGGGGAAGACCAAGUCUUGUGAACCAGUGCAGAGGGAUGGUCCCAAGUGGGAUCCCUUGCGCCUCACGGAGACCACGAGUUUUGUUCUUGGGUCAAGAGCAAACAAAGCCCUUGGAAUGGGAGGAACCAGAGGCAGACUCUACAUCAAGCACCCCCACUUGUUUAAGUAUGCAGCAGACCCGCAAGACAAGCACUGGCUGGCGCAGGAGCAGUACAUGAGGGCCACUGGAGGGAAAAUGGCCUAUCUCCUGCUGGAGGAGGAUAUCCAGGACCUGGCUGCCAGUGACGAGUACAGGAGUUCCCAGGACCUGAAGCUGGACGAGCUGAAGCCCUUCACCAUUCCUUCCUGGAUGAUUGUGAAGAUGCAGCGGUACAUGAAGACCCUCCGCAGCGAAGGGGAGCAGCAGCUGUCGCAGCAGCCGCCACCCGCCCUGCCAGAGGGCACACGUGAAACUUAGAUCGGGCUCAGCCGGGGCCCCUGGCGUGGCCUACCCCUCGUUUGCGGGGACAGGCUGCAGGGCUGCCUCUGGGAAGGUCGGUGUGGGGGGAGGCAACCUCCCCUCGGCCCUUUUCCAGCACAGGAUCCCACUGCACGCCUCCCUCCUCCCUGAUUUUGUACUCGGAGUCUUGUGUUUACUUGUAGGACGGUUUAGAGCAGGAGAAAAAUAAAGGCAUCUGCUUGAA